AUGGAGCAGAAUGGUAACCAUCCUAGUCCUAGAAAGAAAAAAGGAGGGCUUGUCACAAUGCCCUUUAUCUUUGCUAAUGAGGUUUGUGAGAAGUUAGCUGUGGUGGGUUUCAAUACAAACAUGAUAAGUUACCUAACAAAAGAGCUUCACAUGCCAUUAACCAAAGCUGCUAACACUCUCACUAACUUUGGUGGAACUGCAAGCUUGACACCAUUGCUUGGUGCUUUCAUUUCAGAUUCUUAUGCUGGAAAAUUCAUGACUAUUACCGUUGCUUCCAUUAUAUACCAGAUAGGUAUGAUUAGUUUGACAUUAUCAGCUGUACUUUCACAGUUAAGACCACCUCCAUGUAAAGGGGAAGAGGUAUGCCAAGAAGCUAGUUCAGGACAGUUGGCAAUACUCUAUGCAUCACUUUUUCUAAGUGCAUUAGGGUCGGGUGGAAUCCGACCCUGCGUUGUUGCAUUUGGAGCCGAUCAAUUUGAUGAAUUGGAUCCAAAUCAAAAAACAAAAACGUGGACAUAUUUUAAUUGGUAUUAUUUUGUGAUGGGAACAUCUAUACUUGUGGCUGUGACUGUUCUUGUUUAUAUUCAAGAUAAUGUUGGAUGGGGGUGGGGCCUAGGAAUCCCCACAGCGGCAAUGUUUAUCUCAAUUAUUACAUUCAUUGGUGGAUAUAAACUUUACCGGAACUUGAACCCGGAAGGAAGCCCGUUUACCCGACUUCUGAAAGUGGGUGUGGCUGCUUUCCGUAAGAGGAAGAUAUCGAAAGUGCCUAACUCUAAUAUGUUAUACCAAAAUCAUGAACUUGAUGCUGAUAUUGCUUUGGGAGGAAUGCUGCUUCAUUCUGAACAGUUCAAGUAUAUAAUUUCAAAUGUCAAAGUAAG